AUAAUAAUUGCAUCAUCUUUACUAUUAUUAAAAUGUUCUCACAUGCAAAUUAUAUAUGCAGAACAAAUUGAAAAUAUUCGUGGUGUUGCAAAUUCUAAUUUACAUUUAUAUAAAAGAGAGAAUUCAAAUUGGAGAUGUUUAGAUGGCUCCGCAAUAAUACCACAUGAAGCAAUUAACGAUGAUUAUUGUGAUUGUGUUGAUGGAUCAGAUGAACCAGGUACAUCAGCAUGUCUAAAUGGUCGAUUUUAUUGUAAAAAUAUUGGGCACAUUCCUUCUUAUAUCCCAUCUAGUCGUGUAAAUGAUGGAGUUUGUGAGCCUGAAUGUUGUGAUGGAUCUGAUGAGUAUGAUGGAAAAGUUCAAUGUCCAAAUGUUUGUAAAAAAGUUGGUGAAGAAUAUCGUAAACAUGUUGAAGGAUUGAUUAAGAUUCAAACUGAGGGAGUUCGUAAAAAACAGGAAUAUAUUGAAUAUGGUAGAAAAUUAAGGGAAGAACGUGAAGCUAACCUGAAUAGAUUAAAAACUGAACUUGAAGCUGCAAAGACAAGGGUUCAGGAACGUUUAGCUGCAUUAAAGAAAGCUCAAGAUGCAGAAAAAAAUCAUGCAUUACAAACAAAUACAAAAGAAACCAAUCAUCUUUUAAAUGAAAAAAUUGAAUUGAUGCAUAACCAAAUUAAAGCCUUGCUUGAUAUUCUCAAAAAUUUAAAGAAUGGUCAUAAUCCAAAUUAUCAUGAUCUUGCAGUUACAUCAGCAAUUAAAGAAUAUGAUGAUUUUAAGGAAGAAUAUGAAAAAACUAUGGGCGAAAGUUUAGAUAUAGUAGAUGAUAAUGAUAAAAUAUCUAAUGAUAAAAUACCUGAUGAUAAAGUAGAAGAAGAAAUAAAGCCUAAAUAUUCAUAUUGGAAUUUGAUUAUUGAAACAUCUCGUGUGUUUGUUAAUGAUGUCUUGGAAGCAUUUGGAUUAGCAGAUUAUGCAAUUGAUAAAAGUGAAAGUGAUUCAUUAGAAAUAAAGGGAAAUAAAAAAGAAUCUAAAGAUGUUUCUGCUGCUCAAGACGCUUACAAUAGUGCACAUGAGGAACAAACAAAUAUAGAAAAAAAAAUUAAUGAAAUUCAGAGUAAACUCUCUAUGGAUUAUGGAAAACAAGAUGAAUUUGCUAAGCUUGAUGGUGAAUGUUUUACGUAUAAUUCUGGAGAGUAUACUUAUACUGUUUGCAUGUUAGAAAGUGUUAAACAAAAAAGCAAUAAUGAUCAUUCUUCAUCAUCUUUAGGAAAUUUUAUAAAGUGGAAUGGAGCUGAAUCAAAAGAUGAUCCAAAAUAUUACAUGAAACAAUUAUAUGAUAAUGGAACAAGAUGUUGGAAUGGGCCUAAUCGUUCAGCCAAGAUACAUUUUGAGUGUGGUAAAGAUAAUGAAAUAUUAUCUGUUGCAGAACCAGCAAAAUGUGAAUAUUUAAUAAAAAUGACCACACCAGCUGCAUGUCAUAAAAUUGACAUACAAAAUAAUAAACUCCAUGAAGAAUUAUGA